GCACAAAGAGCAAGGAGAUCAAUAAACGAGUUUCUGAAGAUUUUUAAAAGCCUCGACAGAGGUGCAUUUUUAUGUCUUCAGGAAGGCUAUUCCACUAGUGGGGCACACAUAAUCAAAUGAUCUCUCCCCCAAGUUUUGGAAACUUUUGGAAUAACAAGAUAGUCCGAAGUGGACAAGCGCAAAGACGGGGCAAAGACGUCCUACUUGGGUCUGUAGUAAUUGAUAUAAAAGAAAGACUGUAUCGUGGUGCUGAUCCGUGAAUGUUAUGAAAACCAAGCAACAAAAUCUUAAAGAUAAUCAGAAUUUUGAUCGGGAGCCAAUGCAGUGAAUUCCAUAAUUAUGAGAGCGUUUAUUUGACAAUGUGACGAUGCGAGCAGCGACAUUCUGGAGCUUCUGAAGCUUAUAUAACCGAGCCAGGGGUAGAUUGCCCAUGGGGUAACUAUACUGAUUUUCUUCACGAACUGGCUUGCGUCAUUAUUUUUUUUUAUCAUAACUUGAGCAGAAAAUCAAACAACUUUAAGUUUUACGCCCCAUAAGAUAAGUAUCAGGGAAUUCACAUUUAAUAAAUGAAUUCAUCCUGAUUCAAUUGAGAAAUCAAUCCCACACUUCUAUGAAAAAUGAGUCUUUGAGAGAGAACUCAAGACUUUUCGGGAUUAUACAAGUAAAGUGAGGUGAGGUCAUCAACUUGCCUAUCUAGCCCAUGAGCUUCGAUUCAAUUUAAAAAUAAUCUGAGUGGAGUGAAAUUUGUGUAGGUUUUGAUUAUUUUUGGGAUGCCCUUUAAGCCCCUUUCACAAUUAGUGGUGCGACUGCUUACAACCGUUGCGAUUCUGUGCAACAUAUAUUGUGACAAAAUGAUCGCAAACGAUCGCAAGAGCAAUUGUGAAAGCUCAUUUAGGCCUACAGUAUAGGCCGACUUGUUUGAUUUUCUCUAUAUUUCAAAUAAUUCAAAUUUUAUUGUUCAAGUGGACUUGUCUUGACCGGGGUUGGUCCCUGUGUCAGUGAAGAAAAGGCCUACACGCAUCACGCAUCCACAUCCACCUCUGACACCUAUCAUUUAUUUUGAUACAACCCAGGCUCUAACGAGUGCCAAGCGACAUUUCACGAUGUCUAGUCUUACGUAACAAUUCUAAAAAUUGAUCACGUGAAUAGAGGUAAACAAUUAACGUACUCAGCUGACAUGACGUCAUUCAGACGUAAAACUUCUUUUAUUGAACACAGACAAACAAAAGGUUUCUCGUCACUGAAAAUGGCGACGAUUGAGUUUAUCACGGAGAAUAUUGGCACAUUGCUUGUCUUCGUAAUCACCUUCAUCAUACUCUUUACUUUCUUGAAGAGCAAGGUUGCCUUCAACAUUCCCAAAGGACCAACGGCACUUCCCAUCUUGGGCAAUAUACUUUCGCUGAAACAGCACGAUGAACUUUUGAAAUUGAUUUUGGAUUGGUGCAAAGAAUAUGGUUCUAUUUAUUCACUUUAUUUCGGUAGAAGGCUGUUUGUGGUGGUGAACGGUUUGGACGCGAUUAAAGAAAUAACGUCUAAGACAGGAUUGGACUUCGCCGACCGAAAUGAUUCUGUUGCCAUUCGCGACUUAAACCCAAAUCGAAGAGGUCUUUUCGACACGAGGGCUGAUGAAGAAUGGAAACGCCAAAGAAAAUUUGCACACACCACCUUAAAAGGGAUGGGUUUUGGCAAAGUAUCUCUGGAACCCCUUAUUCAAACAGAAGCCAGACAUGCUAUGGACUAUUUCAAGUCCAAAUUCGGAUCCAAGCUGGACCCAAGUAUCGCAUUCGGUGUUACCUCAUCCAACGUCAUCAACAAACUUGUGUUCAAUCACCGGAAUGACCACGGAUCCGAGAGCGGGGACGAACUGAUAAGGGAUGUACGAGACCUGAUGGUGAAUGACGAAGGUGCCUUGCUUACUCUCUUUCCUUCCCUCUGGCCCGUACUCAAGUACGCAUCGAAGUGGAGGAGACUCGACAAUGCAUGGAGAAAAAUAAAGGCAUUUUUCGAUCAGCAGAUCAAAAUACGGGAGAAACGAAUGGAUGAAUGUAAAGGUGAACUGGUGGCCAGCGAUUUUCUGGACGCUUACCUCAUCCAACGUCGUUCGGAGCCAAAUAAUUAUUCACUGGAAUCACUGGACCUGGUGCUGAUUGAUCUGUUUUUGGCGGGAACUGACACUGUAUCAACCACCAUGACAUGGGCAGUGGUCUACCUUGCUAAUAAUCCAGAGAUCCAGCAGAAAAUCCACGACGAAAUUGUUAAUGAAAUAGGCCUCAAAGAAGUGUCCUUGUCUCAUCGAUCUGGUUUAAACUACACCCAAGCAGCCCUGAUAGAGGUCCAACGUUUGGCGACCGUAGCACCCCUGAUACCCCGCGAGGCAGCCAGGGAUGCUGAUCUUUGCGGUCACAGGCUUCCCAAAGGAACUGCACUACUCAUCAACCUCUGGUCUCUACAUCAUGACCCUGACGUGUGGAAGGAUCCAAGUCAGUUUAAUCCCGACAGGUUCCUCAAUAAUGACGGUACACUUGUCAAGCAACCAGACAAUUUUCUGCCAUUCUCUGCCGGAAAACGCAUGUGUAUGGGAGACCAAUUAGCCAAGAUGGAAUUGUUUAUUUUCUUCACUUCGAUGGUUCAGCAGAUCAAGUUCACCAUACCUUCCGGUGAUGGUCCGCUUCCAAUGGAUGGUCUCUUGGACCUGGCACGCAAGCCCAAACCAUUCCAGGUCCAAGUCUCGGCAUGGUCUAACUAGUUAACGAUUCCCCGGGGAUUGUCCGCUUCCAAUCAAAAUUAGAACCCGGCAGGCAAGCCCAACGCAUUCUUGGUCGGAUUUCGAGAACUUACCAAAGAUCUAGAACUAUGUGUAAAUUCCAAAGGUGUCUAAAAUUCUUGCAGUAGGCAGUAAAAGGCAUUUCAAUCUAGAGAUUUCUAAUGCGUCAGUGAAAUUAUCAAAGGCGCUUGAAUUGCAUUCUUUAAAACAUUUGUUACUUUUUAAGUGCACCAUUCUCAUUUAAAUCACAUUGAUGUCUGUGAAUAUUCCUUCUCAAGUUGAAGGCGAGGACAAACUGGCUUGGGCGUAUAAUCAUCAUAAUCAGUGGUAGUUAACAUGGUUAGGACUAGGCGUAUCACCUUCCACGGUCGAAGGCGAUAUUAUUGUGCAGCCUUUAGAUUAAUACCUCUUCGAUCUGCGAAUUAUUUUCUCAUAAAUUUCCAAUGGAUCCUAUACGACUCGAAGUUUCCAAGUUAUAUGUAACGAAUGGUUGCGAAAAAUUAUGGUUGACAGAGUGACUGUUUUGGUUCCAUGACAUUUAUCUUCUUCGGCGACAAUUGCUCGAUGGAAAAUCUGCAGGUUAAGACAAACAUAAAAACUAACUUCCAAAACUAAAUAAAUCCUAUAAUCCUUAUCUUUAAAUUAUUCUGAGCAAAAAACUCUAUUACAAUCCUUACUCUUACCCGAAGCCCUCUGAGAUAUCAAGACCGGAGCAAUUGUCGCUUCUGGAGCAAAUGUCGUGCCAUCGUAUGUAAUUCCAUAAAGAGACGCAUGUAUCUUUUUCUGCAAUUUGUUACACUUUUUCCCCAAAAUGUUUUAAUAUGAAAACUUGUACAUGAACUUUGAUACUUGAAUGUAUAUAUUUAUGAAAUACACUCUCCCUCCUACCACGAACAAUAAUUGUCCACGCAUGAUAUCUGAUACGUGUGAUAAUAAUCGUUUUUUUGUAGAACUGCUGGCAUAAUACAAAUUUACUAAUAAACUAUUUGCAGUGACUGUAUCAUAGACCAAUUAUGUGGUAUCAGAUAAUAUAUUAUUUUUGUAAAAUGACUGAUUAUAAAGAUUGUAAUCGUUCAAGUACAUGUGAUUAAGAUACUGUUUUAUUAUAUUGAUGAGUCAUCGCAAAUGCAAAAUAAAAUGAAAGAAAUGUAGAAAGAUAGCUUCAUGUCGUAAUAAAAUUGAUACCCAAAACAUUUAUGAAUAAAAAAAUUAGGAGUUUUGACGUGCAUACGGACGAACAUGGGGAUCGAGACAGAGAGAUGAAAAAACAUAUGAAUGAAGAUACUUAGAGACAGAAAGACAUAGGAGAGGGGGUGGAUACAGGAAAAACGUUAUGGUACUCUAACAUAUUUACAUCGACAUGGGAACGGCAAAUCCUCAGGAGCGGUGGAGUGAUAUUGAACGGGGAGGGGGGCAAAGGAAAGGGCACUUUCUCUUUUGUUAUAGCAUAUAUUUACCCCACUCUAAAUGACAGGACACAUAAGCGUUCAAAUUUGAUGAGAACUGUAGCAUGUUGAUGUCCGAUCAGGGUCGGAUUUUUGUUGGGAGGAGGAGGGGGUGAGCCUCCAAAGGGAUAGGCCUUCAUGUACUUUUAUGUCAAAGAACGAAUAAGGCGCAAACAGAUGAACUGCCUGAAGUAGCUGUGUAUUAUGUGGUAAUCUAAGUUGAGCAAAACAUUUAGAAGGGAAUUUAUGAUUAUUAAAAUAAUGUACACAUGUUAGCUGUAUAUUCCGCGAGCGAGUGAAACAAGCGAGCGGCUUUGAAAAUAAAAUUUGAAGACAUAAAACUUA